CCACUGGACCCUGCUCGGGCAGGGCCCGUUCCACUCCAGAUUGCCUCCCCAAAUCGACCAUAUUCCUGCCAGCACUCUCGCCACGUCUUCCGGCGCAGGGACUGCCUUGUCUAGGAGCCUCCCCCACUCCAUUAAAAUGGGAUUUCUUUUUUCAAAGCAUAUGAAUGAAAAUAUGAAACAGCAGCAGGAAUUUAUGCUCAUGAAUGCUCGGCUUCAGAUGGAAAGGCAAUUGACGAUACAAAAUGAAAUGAGAGAAAGGCAGAUGGCCAUGCAGAUUGCCUGGACAAGAGAAUUCCUCAAAUAUUUUGGGACAUUUUUUGGCAUUGCUGCCAUCAGUCUCACAGCUGGAGCAAUUAAAAAAAAGCAACCAGGCCUCUUCUUCCCUAUUGUUCCAUUAAGCUUUAUCUUUGCCUAUCAAUAUGAUAUGGGCUACGGAACCCUUCUGCAGAGGAUGAAAGGUGAAGCGGAGAACAUAUUAGAGACAGAAAAUAGCAAGCUACAAUUGCCAAGAGGAUCAAUCACUUUUGAAACCCUGGAAAAGGCCAGAAAAGCUCAGAGCAAAUUCUACAUAGAAAAAUGAAGAUUCUCAUGGUUUUUACCUCAGAAUGUGGCCAAGAAAGAACUCCCUGGAGGAGCAGAAGGAUCAGCACUGCCACAGUUUUCCACCAGUGAUUGCAUUAUUGGUAUAAUUUUCUAUCUGUGAUUUCUUUGCAGGAAUAUUUUCAAAGCAUUAUCCAUUUUGUGAAGGUGAGUUUAAUUAAAACUCUAUAAAAUAAAUGACCUAGAAAUCUGUUCAGCUUGGCCCAUGUGACUACAAUAGGCUACAAUAAACUGAAAAUGAUUGAAUAGGGGAAGAAGAUGAUUUUCUCCAUCAGAAGCACCUCGUUUUUUCUCAAAAUACCUUAGGAACCACAUGUAACAUUUUACUUUCUGUCAUAGGAAAUAAAUGUGGGCUCUGGUGUUAAUCUUUAUGUUAAAUACUAACUAAGCUUAGUUUGUUAAUUUUUUUUUAAGAAUUAGAAUUUCUAAAAUUUUCUUCCUGAAGCUCAGUGGAUCAUUUUGCAAGCAAUAUGGAGACCAUCUUUUAAACAAAUUAUCUUAUUGUCUGCAAAUAGAAUUGACUUUAUCUCCACAUACUGAGGAAUGUAUCUUAUAUGUACAUAGUUAUUUACUUAUUGUGUUACUAAUUAAAAUGUA